CAACAACAAAAAACGACUAGCCAGGAUCCUUCCCCGUGAGGACAGCUUUGUGGGACGUUUGAGUGUUUGCUGAAGUGAAAUGAAGAACGCGCUAGUGAUCGUUGGGGUUAGCGUUCUGGCGGCGGUAUUGCUGCUAGGAGUCGAAGCAAACCCAAGGUUUGAUGGGUACAGCUAUACCACCCCGGCUGCGGAUGGGUAUCAUUACAACACGCCACAGUGUGGAUUGCCGGAACCGUGCAAUCCGGAAACUACCACGGUGACGCGUCCUGUCACCAUCACCAAGACGGAUGUGCGCACGUCCACGGACUUCCGGACACAGAUCGUUCCGACAACGACCACCGUCACGAGUCGCAGCACGGUUGUCAGCACGAAUGUGGUUCGGGAUGUGGUCACGCAAACGUUGCCACCCGUUACCUCAACGCGGACGGAAACGCGUACCAAUACGGUGACGUCCCGAUCAACGGAAACGGCGUUCCUUACCGAGACGGAAACGGAAACUCGUACGGACACGGUCACGGCUACCAAGACGACCGCCACGACGAAGAUCGUCCCUACGACGGUUGUGAGGACCGUUACGACGACGCAACCUCCGGUGGUCCUUACCGACACCGUCACUAGCACGGCCGUACGUACCAACACGGUCACACGCACCAACACCGUCACUUCUACCGUGGUUGAAGCGACACCCGUUUACGAGUACUUCACGGAGACGGAAACGCGAACCGUCACCAGGACAACGGCUACACCGGUGUUGACCACUGUCACCCGGACACAGACCGUGCCUGUGAUGACAACGGUGACACAACCCUGCGCUCCUGACAGGUCCUACUUGCCGGCUCCGUCAAGCUGCCCACCUCCCUCGAACGAGUAUCUGCCUCCACGAGCUCAAGCACCACCGAUUGAUUAUCUGCCACCGCCCAAGAAGGAUGUCUCGUACCUGGUGUCCCGGAAAAACCUCUUCCAGCUGUUCUAGACGUUGAAUUGCAUACCUUACGACACACCCACACACACAGAAAUUCAUCAAUAAAAAUACCGGAUGAUAUU